AGGGGCCAGCUCAGGGCUGGCCAUCGAUGUUUAUAAAUGGGGCCUGGUCCCAAAAAAAGGUUGAGCAGCGGGGAGCAUGCGCUCCUUAGCCGCCAGGCACCAGCGCCUCGCUCUCCCCCUCCCCCGCCCGCUUCUCUUCGGUUUCUCAAGGGGCGAUGCGCGUCUGAGGAAGCUAGUUAGGAGCCCCGCGCCCACGAUGGUAGGGGCCCGGUGUCUCCUCUCCAAGCACCCAUGUCUGCACCCCCCACGGCCCGGCUGGGCGCUGGGCUGGCAGCGAAGGCUCACUCACUGCCAUCUGCCAGAGUUAUCACGCAAACAUGGGAUGAUUCCAGAUCGGUAUGUGAUGCCCUGGAAAGGAGACAUGAAGAACAGGCACUUUGCUUUAAAGCACGCAAAGCUUGCUGGGAUAUAUUCUGGAGCAGUGGAAGAUAGUCUGUUUUUGGAGCAUAGGGAACGACAUUGCCAUGGAGAAGACCGUAAACUCCUCUGGAAGAAAAUUUCUUAUGAAAUGGUGAUUCAGGAUGUUCCUUUGCAUUGUCCGCUCUCCAGAUACCAGAAGUCUGCAAUUGCUCAUGCAUGCCGGAGGAAACUCUGAUCUGUCUUUUUUCAUUUGUUUCAGUCAGGUUGGAACUGUGUAGGCCAUGAGGUUUAAAUCUGCUGCAAAAAAAACCCCAACAUGCUGUCAGUGCAAUUUUUUCUUCAAAGUAGAAUUAACAUUUUAAAAUAGAUUAGAUAUUCUCUUUGAAAUGCCAGGUUGUACCAGCCUGAAAUUUGACCUGCUUAGGCCCAUAGAAAAUUUUGACUUCAGCGUAUAUUUUAUCAAAAGCAUGUAGACCAGUGCUUCCCAAACUUUUCCUCAGCAUGACCCCAUUUAUGACCCCAUUUCCUCAGCAUGGCCCCUCACUUCCAACCCA